CACAGACUGUCGAAGACAUUCCAACAUCACCGGACUCCAAGAGACUUAUAUUCUGCCGACACCAUCACCAAGAAUAGCCCACUACCGCAAUGCUCGGUAUCCUCAGGUUCCAGACCUUCCUCCUGGUCGUGCUCCUAUUCAUCUGCACCUGCACAUAUAUCCACGGCGUCUUCCCAGCCUGGCUAGAUCGCAACAAGACCGGUCCUCUUGGCACUUUCUGGCGCGCAGCUCGCAUAGGCGAAAGGCUCAGUCCAUAUGUGAGCUUAUGCUGUGCUGCAAUGGCCGUCAGCAUUUUGAUCGGCGCAUGAAGGACUUCCAGAUAGAAUUUUGAGGUUUAGCGAAGGCGUUGGGAGUUCAAGGAGGGUGGAUGGUCACGAUGUUGCGGACAUCGAAAUGACUUGUGUCGCAUGGAACAGCGACAUCGCGCAGAUCAUGUUGCUGUAGGAGGGGAUGGCAGAACAAGCUUCCUCUACCUAACGCAGCGCAUAUCCAUCUCGUGACCAAGCUUCCGUUCAGUACCUCGUCAUCAGGCUCGCGGACACCAUUCCAAUCAACAAUGGUUAUCUUGCUGCAGCUUUGCCUCUGGCUCUGGGAGACGAUUCUUCGGGCCACUCGCUUGUAUCUCAGCACAAGGCGCGAACACAAGACAAAACCGCUUCAAAGCCGGUCAAAAUACCAGAAACAGCAGCUACAGCCAAUAUAUCACAUACAGCAUUCUGCCACCGCUGAUUUUUAGAGGCGCAGGGAUCGAUAUAGGCAUGAUAGACGACUACGAGAUCGAAAUGCAUUCCUCCUGGUCUGAU